GCUCGGGGCGGGGCUGAGACUUCAGCUCCCCAUAAACCUGGCUGCGGAGCCAGGAUCCCGGGCAGAUGUUCCAACUUUUUGCCUCCUCCAGUUUGUUCAGGAGGGAACUUUCUUUCUCUUGCCCUCUGGCUCCGCUCUCCCACUGCUGGCAGCUUUCUCCUGACUCAGGAAGCACCUUCCCCAGCCUUGGAGGACUUCAGGGAUUCUUAGGAGGCAAAGAAGUGGGGGCGGGGGGGGAAUAAAACAAAGGAAGGAAGGACGAGAAUAAUGGUAUUCUGCAAUGGUGAAGGAACCCCCACGGAGCAGACCGUGAGGAGGGGAGAGUAUGGUUCGGCACCCAAAGGUGAGGGUGAGGACGCCCCAGCUGUGAGGUUGAACUUUAGCUCUAACUCCCACAGGAGUUUGAAUAUAAAGAUCAUCGUUCGCUGAAACGCGGCUCGAUGAGCCCUUUGGACAGCCAGGCAGGGACCCGGCUGAACUGGGAGAGACUCCAGCGUGUUCUCCAGCAAGGGGCUUGUGCGGUCGGUUUAGAAACAGCGGGGAGUCACUCCAGCGCUGGGACACGUCUCGGAAACUCUUGGAACUGUUCUUAAUAACAUCCCGGAGGAAAUUAACUUGACAGGGCACGUGUCCUCCGUCGGCUCAGCGCGAAGAUUAGCUUCUUUCUGCUUAGAAGUGCCCAGCCUGGGUGGAUCACGUUGCUUCUUUUCUUCCCCGGGGUUGCUGGAGAGCUGAUCCUGCAAAACUUGCCUGGGACAAAGGCCGGAGUGGAAGCAGAGCCUGGGAUUCCUGGAGCGUACUGGGAUUUGGUAGCUUCCCUUGGACAUUUGCACGAUGGCUGUCUAUGCCCUCACGGGUUUCUCCUUUGUCAGCCUGCUGGGUUUCGGCUACUUGUCCUGGGACUGGAUCAAGCCCAGCUUGGUAUCCGAUGUUUCCAUGGACCCAAUGGAGAAAUCCUUGCCUCCCACCUUCGCCAGCCCGCCUCACAUCAUCUUCAUCCUGACUGACGACCAAGGCUACCACGACAUCGGGUACCACGGCUCGGAUAUACAGACGCCGACGCUGGACAGGCUAGCGGCAGAAGGGGUGAAACUGGAGAAUUAUUACAUACAGCCCAUCUGUACCCCGUCCCGGAGCCAGCUGAUCACGGGCAGGUACCAGAUCCACACCGGCCUGCAGCACUCCAUCAUCCGCCCCCGACAGCCCAACUGCCUGCCCCUCGACCGGGUCACCCUGCCCCAGAAGCUGCAGGAAGCCGGCUACUCCACGCACAUGGUGGGCAAGUGGCACCUGGGCUUCUACAAGAAGGAGUGCUUGCCCACCCGCCGCGGCUUCGACACCUUCCUGGGCUCCCUGACGGGCAACGUGGACUAUUACACCUACGACAACUGCGACGGGCCGGGCGUCUGCGGCUACGACCUGCACGAGGGCGAGAACGUGGCGUGGGGCCAGAGUGGGAGGUACUCCACCGUCCUGUACGCCCAGCGGGUGAACAAGAUCCUGGCCACCCACAGCCCCAAGCAGCCCAUCUUCAUCUACGUGGCCUUCCAGGCUGUGCACACCCCGCUGCAGUCGCCCAAGGAGUACAUCUACCGCUACCGCUCCAUGGGCAACGUGGCGCGCCGCAAGUACGCCGCCAUGGUGACCUGCAUGGACGAGGCGGUGAAGAACAUCACCUGGGCGCUCAAGAAGUACGGCUACUAUGACAACAGCGUGAUCAUCUUCUCCACCGACAAUGGCGGGCAGACGUUUUCCGGGGGCAGCAACUGGCCCCUGCGAGGCCGCAAGGGCACCUACUGGGAAGGCGGGGUCCGCGGCAUCGGCUUCGUCCACAGCCCCCUGAUCCAACGCAAGCGCCGGACCAGCUGGGCGCUGGUCCAUAUCACGGAUUGGUACCCCACCCUGGUGACCCUGGCUGGGGGCAACGUGUCCGCCGCGGAGGGCUUGGACGGCUACAACGUGUGGCCGGCCAUCAGCGAGGGCAAGGCGUCGCCCCGCACGGAAAUCCUGCACAACAUCGACCCCCUCUACAACCACGCCAAGUACGGCUCCCUGGAAGACGGCUUCGGCAUCUGGAACACGGCCGUGCAGGCCUCCAUCCGGGUCGGGGAGUGGAAACUUCUGACCGGCGACCCAGGGUACAGCGACUGGAUCCCCCCGCAGACCCUGACCAACUUCCCCGGGAGCUGGUGGAACCUGGAGCGCCUGACGCACGGCCUGCGCAAGUCCGUCUGGCUCUUCAACAUCACGGCCGACCCCUACGAGCGCUACGACCUGUCGCAGCAGCGGCCGGACGUGGUGCGGGCUCUGCUGACGCGCCUCGUCCACUACAACCGGACGGCCAUCCCGGUGCGGUACCCUGCCGAGAACCCCCGGGCCCACCCGGACUUCAACGGUGGCGCCUGGGGCCCGUGGGCCGGCGAGGACGAGGCGGAGGAGUGGGAGGGGAUGGGGGAGCGGCUGCGGAGCAAGAACCGAAAGAAGAAGUGCAAGAUCUGCAAGCUGCGCUCCUUCUUCCGGAAGCUGAACACCCGGCUCAUGUCGAACCGCAUCUGACGGGGGCACCGCGCGCAACCUCGGGGAGGUGGGGUAGAGAGAGACCGCCGCCUGCCCUCGCUUCCCUGGCACCUGGGCACGCUGGUGCAGGACCAGGGGGGUUUCCCUCCUGCUUCUCCUAACUUCUACCCCCUGGGAGCCAUCAGCAGGGAUGGCCACUGGUCUAAGCUGGGCAGGCAUCCAGGGUAGGGGGGGAUUGAGGAGCCUGCAGCCCAGCUCAGCGCCUGUUGUAUCCGACCCUGGUUAAUGAGCUGCUUCAUCCCGGGUACGGCCCAGCCCAGCCCAGCCCAGCCCAGCCCCUUCAGCUCUGGGGGAGGCUAGCUUUGAAUGCAAGGCAGGCAGCGCCUGAGACUGUAAGGGAGGUGGGAAGAGAAGACAGCGUAGGGCGAGCCUUCCUGAUUUGUCUCUCCCUAUAAAGUUUGUAGUACACGUACAAAACUGCGCCGCAUGUGCUGCACUGUGUUCCCCCACUCGGGGCCCUCGGGUGUCCCCACACCACCCCCUUUCCUGGGAGCUGGGUUAACUUAUUUUUAAGGUGCUGGUCCCUGGCUCAGACCCAGGGGCGGCAAGAGGUGCCUAACCCCCAUAAGCACAGGGCGUGCGCAGGCGUGGGACGGUGUGGACAGGCGAUGCACCAGCAUUAAAAGCAACGGGGCUUGAGAUGUUUCCAGCCCUAUCAUGCACACAGCCAUGAGUAUAUACGCACACAUGCAUGCCAGCUUAUGUACAUCGAAAGGGUGCUUACUGCAUAUAUGUAUCAUGUGUUUGCCACUAGCACAGUUUACACCAGUUACGACUUA